AUGAACCUGAAGAGCCGUGCCCGCUCAAACUCAGGCUCAGGUCCCGCGCCCUCCCUCCGCUCAGUCAAAUCCAAAACGCUGCGCAUGUCCAUCCUGCCCUCCGUCAAAGUCAAAUUCUCUCUGCGGAAACAAGACCCGCACGAGCACGAGCCGCCUGUACACACCAAACAGCCUCUGCUCACACUCACCCUGACCUCGCGCUCCUUCCUCGACUCGCUCGUGCAGGACGCUAGCACCCACGAGGUGUUCUACAAAUUCAACACCGUCGGCACGGCUACGACUGUCCUGCGCGCGGACGCGAAGAAGGCGUUCCAUAAGACCAUCUCGAUCAAGUGGCCCCGCGCCCUCCCGACGAAGACGGGCAAGGAUUAUACGGACGGUGUGCUUAUCCAGAUGAAAAAUGCACGUUGGUACGGCGGCGAGACGCUGCUCAAGCUCGGUGCGCAUCCCAACGCCUCGCGCAGAUUCAGCAUACCCAAUUACUCGCAGCCGAUGAAGUGGAAGCGAUACGGCCAUACAUACUGGUGCACAACAGCCUCAGUCAAAGGCCCCGUCGCCACCCUAACCACCCCAAAAGGCCCCGGCCCGCUCACUUUAACAAUCUACGAAACCCUGCACGACAAAUACGACCCCGACCUGCUCUCCACCAUCAAAGGCGUCUCCAUCCUCCUCCUCGACUACCUCCUCCUCACCGCCACCCUCCUCGUCACCGACCUCCAGGAAUGGAUGCUCGUCCGCAAACCCGACGACGGUUCGUUAUCGCUAUCGUCGCUUGAGAGACACGAGCAGGGCCACGCGCCGAGUUUUGCGCCGGAUGUACCGUUUCGCUCGGAUCCCAAGUUUCGUAAGAUUUUGUAUGGAGAGCCGAUUUUUAAUAAGACGGGGAGGGCCGCGUCGCCUGUGCCGUCGUCCUCGUCGCGUGCGCGCACGAGGGAGAGGGAGAGGGAGAGACCGCGCACACCCGCCUCGCCUGAAUCAGGCAUGCCCACAUUCACACCCUACCCCGAAUCCGAAGCGUCCUCCCCGGGGCCAUCACGUACAACGACGAUGCUUCCACCCAUGACCGACUCCGACUCCGAUUCCGACUCCAACAACUCCAACUCCGACGACGAGGACGACGAGGACGAAUUCGACACGUUCUCCCUCCCGGACCCGCACCGCGCGAGCGCGCUCGCCGAGUCGUUCCAGUUCUCCGCGGAGCACCCGCCUGUCCCCCCGCUCCCGGUUCAAUACGCCAAGUCGCUCGUUGCGCGCGAGCGGGACUCUGAGCGCGACCAGGACCGCGACCGCGAACGCGAUAGGGACCAGCCCCCAACGCCCGUGUCGAGCACAUUCGUCCCGCCUUCAUAUGAUGCGAUGACGAUGACAACGACGAUGACGGCGCCGUCGAUGACGACAGAUGGGAGCGGGAGUAGUAUAAGAGGGAGUAGGAGCGCGAGUGGGAGUACGAGGGAUCGGAGUAGUAGUAUUCUACACGGCGGCGGUGGUGGUGGUGGUGGUGGCGGCGGCGGCGGGGCGAGUGUGUACUCGCAUUCGCAUUCUUAUUCCCAUUCGCACUCGCACUCGCACUCGCACGCGCAACAAGACGCAAGACAAGAAAACGCCCACACCCACACCCACACAUACCCCGAAGCACUCGACCUCAACCUCAACCUCGACCUCGAACGCGAACUCGAGCGCCCGCGCGCACUGCCCUUCGGGCGCGCGGAGAGUGUGCGGUCUGUUACGUCCACCACAUCCCGCACCGGAGCUGGAGCUGGAGGGGGUGGGGGUGGGAGGGUGAGGAGGCCGUUGCCGCGGCCGCCGCCUGUGCCUUUGUUGGCUGAUGUUACUGGUGGGGCGGGUUCUGGUUCUGGGGCGGGUGGUUCUGGGGCUGGCGCUGGGGCGUCUUCGUCUUCUACCACCGCGGCGCAGGCGCAGGCGCCCCGCCAAGCGCGCCGCGUGCAAAGUUCAAGCCAGCUCUCCACACACCCACAAACGCAAACGCAAAUACAGACGGAGCUCGUCCCACCCCUACCACAACAAAGACCGCUGCGCUCUCUACCGCCUACACCCGGUCCAGGGGCGAUGUCGAUGCCGUCUAGCCCGCUCGUCGCUUCUUCUUCCUCGGGGUACGGGUUUGGGGUUGGGUAUGAACGUGGUGGUACUAGCAUCGCGAGAUCGGCGUCUGCGUCGGUAGCGGCGUCGGUGGCGGCGUCGGUUGCUGCGUCGCCGCAGAUGCAUCUGCAGAGUUUACCCCCCAUUUCCGAUCAUGAUUAUGAGUAUGGGUAUGACUACGGUUAUGGUUAUACACACAUUUCGAAUCAUGGACAGAGCCACGCGCAUCGCCAGCAGCACCAACAGCAGCAGCAGGUGCGCGCGAAAGCAUCGCGGGACGAUAUAGCGCUUUCACGAUUUACGCAGGAACGGGAGCAGGAUCCACUUCUGGCGCACGGACACGCGUUGGGGCACGGGCUUGAGCAGGCGCAUAUAACCAGCCCCAACCUGAGCAUGAGCGCGGCGCUGGGCACGGGCGAGAGCGAGGGCGCGUUUGACGUGCCGCCGCCUGCGUAUAGCAGUAUUGUUUUUGGUAGGGGUGGUGCUGGUGGGAGUGGGGAGGGGGUGGGUGGAGGUGGGAGUGGUGAUGGUGGGAGUGGUGGUGGUGUGGGUGCGGGUGCGAGUGGGAGUCAGAGUCAGAGUGGAGGUGGAAGUGGGAGUGGGAGUGGGAGUGGAGGUCAGAGUCAGAGUGGAAGUGGGACUGGGACUGGACAUGGCGAAGCACACGGGCACGGGCAGGUGCAGGUGGAAGUGGACGGCGGCGAAGCCGGACACCAACACGAACGUGAAGAAGACGGCGACGGCGCGCAGUACGCGUACGCGUAUCCAUAUGCGUACGCGUACGAUCAUCCUCCACCGCCUCAUCAGCACCAGCAGCAACAGCUGACAACAGGCACGGGGGCGGGGACGGGGACGGGGAUGAGAUCGCAAGGCCAGGAGCUAUACGCGCUUUACACGCAGGGGCUUGCGUCGCAUUCUCAGUCGCAUGAACAUCAGCAGGAACAGCAACAAGAGCAGGCUCAGGCUCAGGAAAGCCAGACCCACCAGCAACAGCAGCAGGGGCAGCAGGGGCAGGCACAAGCGCAACCUCAGCUGAUCGAGUAUACGUAUACGUAUUCGCGGAGGCCUACGUUGGCGGAUGUGUAUGAUGAGUGA